AUGGUUGACGUUGGUGACGGCAUCAGCCUCCUUUCUCAAGGGACCGGCUAUGGAAUGAUCAUCGGUCUGGGAAUUUUGUUCGCGCUGAUCAUUCUGGCGGCAGUCAAGAUACAGAAGCUGUAUUUGAUGGAAGACUCGGGCAAAUCGGAAAUGUUUAUGGUCGCCAAUCGUUCCGUCGGCACCGGCCUUACCUGCUCGGCUGUGUUCUCCUCCUGGAUGUGGAUUAACGAGACGGUGUUCGCGUGUGUAUACUGUUACGAAUAUGGGAUCGCGGUGCCCAUGUGGUGGGGUGUUGGUCUGUCGUUCCAGAUCGCUCUGAUGGCCGUCCUGGGUGUGCUGGCGAAGAUCCGGGUGCCUUAUGCUCAUACCUCCCUCGAGAUCAUUCGCAGGCGUUAUGGCAAUCUGGGGCAUUUUGUCUUCACGGUUCUGAAUUUGAUUAACAAUAUCUUCGGAUGUUCGAGCAUGAUUCUGGCCGGAUCUCAGUUGGUCACGGGCAUCACGGGCAUGCAUCUGGCAGCUGCAACGAUUCUCCUACCUUUUGGAGUCGUGCUCUAUACCGCUGUAGGAGGAUUGAAAGCCACUUUCCUCACAGACUUCCUUCACACCACGAUUGCUCUGAUCCUGAUUAUCUACUUCACUCUUUCGGUUCUCGCCAACGAACAUAUCGGCGGCUUGCACGGCCUGUACGAUAAGCUGAUGGCCAAGGCGGGGACUUACUACAUCGAUGGAAAUUACGCUGGUUCUCUCCUGACCUUUAAAUCCAAAGGGGCGAUGAUGUUUGGUCUUAUUCUGAAAUUUGGCAAUCUUGCCUUAGUCACGAUGGAUACCGCAUUCUGGCAAAAGUCAUUUGCGUCUGAAGUACAUUCGACCGUUCCUGGUUACGAUCUCGCGGCUUUGGCUAUCUUUGCGGUCCCCUGGGGCUUGGGGACCGUCAUCGGUCUCAGCGCGAGAGUGGUCAACGAUCUGCCUAUCUUUCCCACUUACCCAAAGUCUCUUAAUGCGUCCGAGAUUAAUUCGGGAAUGGUUAUGCCCUAUACGGUCAAGGCGCUUCUGGGAAAUGGCGCCACUGUAGGGAUACUGUUACUUCUUUUUAUGGCCGUGACGAGCACGGUCUCGUCAUCCAUGAUUGCCGUUAGCAGUAUCAUUUCCUUCGAUGUGUACCGGACGUACAUCAACCCGAAAGCCACCGAUCGGCAAGUUGUCCGGGUCAGCCAUCUGGGUGUCGUUUUCCAUGGGAUCUUCAUAGCCGGGUUCGCUCUCGCUCUGAACUACGGCGGGGCGAACAUGAACUGGAUCAAUUACUUCUCACCCAUCCUCACCUGUCCGGGAAUCUUCCCACUGAUGAUGACGCUCUUCUGGUCCGGCCAGACCCGGUUAGCAGCCAUUGUGUCCCCCAUCCUCGGUUUGAUAACAGGGGUCUCCAUCUGGCUGGGCACGGCAUAUUCCCUUUACGGGAAGAUCUCUAUCGACACCACAUCUGCGCAGGCGCCGUCGCUGUACGGCAGUGUUGGUUCUCUUUUCUCCCCGAUUCUGUAUUCCGUGAUCAUCUCGUACAUCCGACCGCAAACCUUUGACUGGCGGGAGUUCCUACGGAUUAACCUGGUCGAGGACGAGUCGGAAACCGAGAUCUCGACUCCAGCCGAAUCAGAGACGCCGCAUUCCUCACAGAGCGUUGUAGUCUUGAAUGAAGCACAAACUGAGAAAGGGGAAAGAGCAGAAAAGGCGGCGCACCAGGAACCAAGGACCCGACGAGUCACGAAAACCAACAACGCAGCAGCAACAACAGGCUCUUUGGAUCAUGUCGUGCACCCAUUUGACGAGGCAACACUGAGAUAUCUGCGCAAAUGGCUCCACAUCGCUGUAGGGGUCUUGAUCUUCAUCGUCCUGAUCACGUUCGUCGUGUGGCCCAUGCCGCUCUACCGCGACUACAUCUUUACGCGCUCCUUCUUCACCGGGUGGACGACGGUCGCCAUCAUCUGGCAAUUCUUUGCCCUGUUUGCUGUGGUGAUCUACCCUGUGUGGGACGGCCGUCAUGCAAUUGCCAAAUCAGUGCGGGGACUCGUAUCGAAUCUGCGAAAAUAG